AUGGAGAAACUCCUCGGCGUGAAAGCAGAUGCUGAGGCGUUCACGACACAUGAACAAUGGGUCAAAUCUCGCUUGAACGUCAUCGAGACAGACACAAUGGAUCAGGUUGACGGUAAUGAUCCCGCUCGUUCCAGAUACCAGCACAUGUUUUGGGAACCCGUCGCUGAAGGCAUGCAGGAACCUAUCUUGCCCGCUAUGAUUGACAAGGCGCGCACUGAGGGUAAGAAAUCCAAGAAAGAAGAUGGGGCCCAAAAGUCAGAUGACCUUGGACGACAUUACAACCGGGCAAGGAAGGUUGUUACAACGAGUGGUGAUACCUCGGGACGUCCGAUGAUUGAGUUUGUUGAUGUUGGGGGUAAAUUCUUAGAUCCUAGAGACCAACAGAGUAGGACGAAGGAGAGUGAGCGGAGAGCACGGUUGCGGACCAAGAAGAGGCAGUCUCCACAAAUGAGGAGUACAUCCCAGGAGUCCGUUGCCGUUGCUUGA